ACCAGAGAUGUGGAUUUAGACAUUAAUGAAAGAUUUGUGACUUGGAAAGAAAAUAAACAACAUCUCUUGAUUCAAAUUCAGAUUCAAAUUCUUGAUUGUUCAUUCAGCUUUCCACUAAUAGUGAAUGAAUGUUUUUUUAGUGGGGAGAUUUUUCCUUCAGCUUCAGGUUGGUUUUAGGCACUUUGGUUAUUGCUGAUUUAAAUUCACUUUGCAUUUCAAUAACUCUUGUUUUCCUACUAAAAUAAUUCUACAGGACUAAUUUUAAACGAUGCUGCUCACUUCGAUGAACUUGUGUUAUUUGGGUUUGGGCACGCGCCUGUGUGAGUGCGCGCGUGCGAGUUGCGCUCUCCCUGAGUGUGACAGGCAUUAAAAUUGCCACCGAGGGAGCGCAGAUCAGCAGCUCAGAACUUAUGCCCACCAUUCCGGUGCGCAAAGACCCCAAAGAGAAGCCUCACCACCUCCAGAAAGCUCUGAGACCGAGGUGACGACACAUGAAGUGUUCUUUGGCGGCUGGACUUUCUGCUUUGACUUUUAACGUCGCUGUGAGGAUUUUUUCCCCCCAGUAGAUCGUCGUGUUUUCAGCUCUGAUGCAACCAUGAAGAAGACGAUGUGGAUACUUUACAGCACCGCGCGUUCCAUUUCUGUUUUUCCAACUUGGAAUCUGUGUUUUUUUAAAUCCGCGGCGCUGUGCUGUUUGCUGUUUUUGCCCGUCCGGACGGAUGACGCCUGCCCGUCGUCUUGUGAGUGUGCCACGGGAACGGGGACGGUGACGUGCGUUUCCGAUUUGGAGGACACCGACGUACCGGGAGACAUUCCGACAUGGACGACCAAGCUGAUCCUGAAAGGGAGAAAUAUCUCAACUUUACCACAAGGUGCGUUCACUGUCAACGGCACCGACAUGGGAAUUGUGAGCCUCAGGCUGCCCCACAACAGGAUCCGGGUUAUUGAACCAUACGCGUUUCUGGGACUUCCUCGUUUAUCUUUAAUUGACCUGAGCCACAAUCAGCUGGAGUCUAUCUCGGCUCGGGCUUUCCACGGAUUACCGGAGCUGAGAUCUCUUUUCCUAAAUGUUUCUGUCUUGCCUUGCGCCACGGCGCAGCUCUCACAUGCGCUCAGCGCGCAAAGUCUCCACAACCUCCAGAGACUCGAGUUGGCAGGAAACGGACUGACGUCCGUUCCUCUGGAAAGGUUAGACAAGUACAGCCUCAGCUACCUGGUGCUGGUUAACAACUCCAUAGAGAACAUAGAGAGAGAAACCAUAACCAGCCUGUAUGAGCAGAGACGCAUGCACGUCUACCUGGCUUUGAACCCUUUUCGGUGCACCUGCGACCUGAAGGAGUUCUACUACUGGUUAAAGAACUCCUCCCAGUGCCUGGAUGCUGGGAGGCUAAUCUGCAGUGAGCCAGAGGACAGGAGGGGGACCCCAGUGGAUAAACUCAGGGCGGAGGACAUGGAUUGUGUCACCGAGAACCUGGAGACGGUUUCGUAUGUGUUUCUCUGUAUAGUUCUUGCCCUGAUCGGUGUGGUGUUCCUCAUGGUUCUUUAUCUCAAUCGAAAAGGCAUCAAGCGGUGGCUCAACAACAUCCGAGAGGCUUGCCGGGACCAUAUGGAGGUGUACCAUUACCGCUAUGAGCAGGACACGGAUCCCAGACUGGCCAACGUGGCUGUUUAAUGUCUGGGUGGGUGGAACAGAAAGUUCGGGGAGUUUAAUAAAAACUAUUUUUAACACCCUUCAGAACUCCGAGCCAAAGACAAUUAAACCAGAAACAAAAAUAUGUUGCACAACUCGAAACAGUAUUCUACUGGCUGUAAAUAACCAUCUCCUCAUAUCAUACCUACACUGUAAGAAAUAGAAUGUUGGGUUUCCUUAAACAAGUUGUGUCAACUGGUUCCAGUUUCUUAAGUGUAAAGGGUAAUAUAAAUAUUAUUCAUUACUUUAAGCAACUUGGUUUAGUUGAACCAGUAAACAACUUUAUGUAAACUCAACUUUCUAUUUCUUACAGUGUAUUUAGCCUGCAGCUUGUCACAUGUCCACUAGUAUUAUUUCCAUUAUUAACCAAGAUACAAUUAUACAAACUAGCUUAUGUAGGAUGGGUUUUAUUUUCAUUCGUAAAGCUGAAAUGAAGUGGUGGCUUUAUGUUUUUCUUGGAAGCCGUGUUGCUGAAAGACUCAAGAGGACAGAAGUGAUCUGCUUUUGAGAUGAUGCAAAUAAUGAGAGAGAAAGUUGGAGGGCCGUGUUGGUUAGUUAAAACAAACUGACAGAUUUAUUCAAGAACAAAUUUAUAUAGAUUUUAUGAGACGUCAAGUUAGGAACCACAGAUCAUCUGAAUCCAGGAGCAUCCAUAAAAAAGCAAAUAGAAACAGAUCUGGAAUAUGGGGCUAAAAUUAAAGUUGAGAGCGGGUUGUUUGUGUUAGUAAUGUUUGUGAUUUUUUAUUUUAUUUUAUUUUGUUUUAUUGUACCUUUUAAGUGUUGAAAAACUAGAUUUCCCUGAGAAAAGCUCAAAUAAAAGAAACUUAUUUUGAAGCACUAAAAAAUACUAAACAACUGAGUGAAUCUAAUAAUCGCUGAUUUAUUAAUCACAGACUGAGGAUUAACUUGUGAAGUGAAUGAAUUUUUUUGACAAAAAAUACAGACGUCCAAUUUUUGGAAAAAGAUUUAAAAAAACAUUUGUGAGAUUUUAAGUAGUAAAAAAGCAGUUCAGACAAGAAAAAGAUCAAUGCCCUUUUGAAAACUAGACUAAAAACAUGUUUUCCUAUUAAAACCUAAAUGUGCAGGUAACAAAUAAGAAAAGGCAGAUGUACCGAUGAAACAAUCACAGAAAACAUGUUUAUUUUACCGCGUUUUACAAAAUAAGGUGAGAAUUUUAUGAGCUUGUGAGAGAUCAAACAAAAAUAUAAAAGAUCAAACAGAAUGUCCACGUUAGUCUAGCUAAAAAUAGACGUUUAUUUUUAUUAAAAUUCCAGUCAGCUGAAGAUUGAAACAGAACAUUAAAUGUGUCAGAUACAUGCAGCAAACUGGAGUGUGUCUUCAUUUUUGCAUCAUUUUUGAAAGUAUCUCAGUAUGUCAGCAGCAGAGAGGAGUCACCUUUACAUAACAGCUGAUAUCAUUCUGCUGCUGGUUGGCGAGCUGCUGCAGCGUUCACUGUUAUGUUGUGUGUGCAGGCUGAGGAGAGGAGACCUCAUCACCAGGACAGUCAUGUCAGGGAAUAGAAGCAUUAGUGAUGCACAUGCAUGUCCCAUCCAACAGAUGCCAGAAGCUCUGCUAAGCGAUAAUGAGUCCAAAUGGGAUGCUUCGCAAAUUAUAAUUUUCCCAGAUAGGCUUCCGGAGAAACGACCUGAGAGUUUCUCAGUGGUUGCCCUGAUGAGAGUUUAAAAAAAAAACUAAUGGAAGUUGCAUUAAUGUUUCAAUUACGACAGGAUGCUUAGAAUAGCCUUUUGUUAAUAGAAUGAUAUAAUCUAUAUU